AUGCAGCGGCGUUUGGAGCUGUGGCGCGAGGAGUGGGAACGACAGCAGACCGGCAAGGAAGCGCAGGCCGCUGCGGGAGAAGGACCCCACCCGAUCAAGAUCACCCUACCCGAUGGCCGGAUCAUCGAUACCUCCUCGUCCACCACCCCACUUCAAGUCGCUGCCAGCAUAUCCGAGGGGUUGGCUCGCGAGGUGGUCGUAGCGCGCGUGAACGGCGAGUUGUGGGACGCGUCCCGACCGCUCGAGCAGGACUGUCACCUGGAGCUGCUCAAGGGCGCCGGGGUGUUCUGGCACUCCGCUUCGCACCUCCUGGGUCUUGCGAUUGAGCGCGAGUAUUCCCCUGCAACUGGGGAACACGCAGAAUCGUCGGCCAAGGUCCAGCUCUGCGACGGACCGGCCCUGUCCGAUGAAAAGGGCGGCCUGGGUGCCUCCACGGAGGACUUUGCCGAGCUCGAGAAGAGGGUGGAGGCCUUUGCCAAGGAGAAGAGACAGUUUGAGCGGAUGACCGUGUCGCGCGACUUUGCCCUACAGAUGUUUGCCUACAACGACUUUAAGCGGGAGAUCAUCGAGGCCAUCCCGGCGGGCGAGGAGCUGACGCUCUACAAGUGUGGAGAGUUCAUCGACUUGUGCCGAGGACCCCACAUCCCGCACACGGGCCUGGUGAAAGGGUUCAAGCUGGUGAAGGUGUCCGGUGCGUAUUGGAAGGGCGAUUCGACGCGCCCACUUCUACAGAGAGUGUACGGCAUCGCCUUCCCGAAGAAAGAGCUUCUCAAGGAAUGGUUGACGCUCCAGGCAACCCUGUACUGCUUUUUGCAGGAGGAGGCGGCGAAGAGGGACCACCGGCUGAUCGGCAAGAAACAGGGCCUGUUUAUGUUCCACCAGUGGAGCCCCGGCAACGCCUUCUUCCUGCCGCCCGGCGCCAAGAUUUACAACAAGUUGAUGAACUUUGUUCGCGACGAGUACCGGGUGCGGGGCUAUCAGGAGGUCAUCACGCCGCUGGUGUUCAACAAAGAGCUCUGGGAGACUUCGGGCCACUGGCAAAACUACAAGGACGACAUGUUCGCCGUCACGGGCGCGUCCCACGCUCACGGGCACGAUCACGGACACGCGAGGGAGGGCCACUCCUGCGCUCACCAUCACCACUCCCCGUCGGCUGGCAAGGAGGAGGUGAUGGGCCUCAAACCGAUGAACUGCCCGGCGCACUGUCUCAUCUUCUCCGGCGGACACUACUCCUACAGAGACCUUCCGCUGCGGCUUGCUGAUUUUGGCGUACUUCACCGCAACGAGCUCUCCGGAGCCCUCACAGGCCUCACUCGUGUUCGGCGGUUCCAGCAAGAUGAUGCCCACAUCUUCUGUGCCGAGGACCAGAUCGAAAGCGAAAUCGGUGGCUGCCUCGACUUUUUGAGAAAGGUGUACUCCAUUUUCGGAUUCGAAUUCGCUGUUCAGCUGUCGACUCGGCCAGAGAAGUACCUGGGCGAGCUCGCCCUGUGGAACAAGGUGGCCUCCCGGGCCGAGGACGCGCUCAAGCAGUCGCUAUCGCGGUUCGGCCACUCGUGGCGCAUCAACGAGGGCGAUGGCGCAUUCUAUGGCCCCAAGAUCGACAUCGAAGUCACCGAUGCGCUCAAGCGCAAGCACCAGUGCGCCACGAUCCAGCUCGACUUCCAGCUUCCCCUCCGUUUCGGGCUCAAGUACCAGGGCCUGGACGAUGCCUACCACACGCCGGUCAUGAUCCACCGGGCCAUCUUCGGUUCUGUCGAAAGGUGA